AUGGCCGCCUCUUUCGCUCGCCUGGCGGGCAAUGCGCCCAAAAGGCUCUGUCUCCGCCCCUCCGGCCUCUUCAACACAUCCGUGCCUCGCUCCCGCUCCAUAAAUACCACCGUCCCCCGCAGCAAUGCCGAAGCCGCCAGCUAUCAGGCCACCCGAUUGAUCCCGACCGACCCAUCCUUUAGCCACCUGGCUAACAAGCCUGCUACCACCAGUGCUCAAGAGGCCGCUGCCCAGGAAUCCGACGCCGAGGGCAUUGACCGCAAGAUCCGUCACUACACAGUCAACUUCGGUCCCCAGCAUCCGGCUGCUCACGGUGUGCUUCGUCUGAUUCUGGAACUCAAUGGCGAGGAGAUUGUUCGCGCCGAUCCCCACGUCGGUCUGCUUCACCGUGGUACUGAGAAGUUGAUCGAGUACAAGACCUAUAUGCAGGCCCUGCCUUACUUCGAUCGUCUGGACUACGUUUCCAUGAUGACCAACGAGCAGUGCUUCGCGCUGGCCGUCGAGAAGCUGUUGAACGUCGAGAUCCCUGAUCGUGCUAAGUGGAUCCGAACCCUGUUCGGCGAGAUGACUCGUAUUUUGAACCACCUCAUGUCCAUUCUCUCCCACGCCAUGGAUGUUGGUGCUCUGACUCCCUUCCUGUGGGGUUUCGAGGAGCGUGAGAAGCUCAUGGAAUUCUACGAGCGUGUUUCCGGUGCCCGUCUCCACGCUGCCUAUGUCCGCCCCGGUGGUGUCUCCCAAGACAUCCCCAUUGGUCUCCUUGACGACAUUUACCAGUGGGCCACCCAGUUCGGUGACCGCAUCGACGAGACUGAGGAGCUGCUCACAGAUAACCGUAUCUGGAAGGCCCGUACCCAAGGUGUUGGUGUGGUUAACGCCACCGAUGCCCUCGGCAUGAGUUUCACUGGUGUCAUGCUCCGUGGUUCCGGUGUCCCUUGGGAUAUCCGCAAGUCGCAGCCCUAUGACGCCUACGACCAGGUCGAGUUCGACGUUCCCGUCGGUGUCAACGGUGACUGCUACGAUCGUUAUCUCUGCCGUAUGGAAGAGUUCCGCCAGUCCCUCCGCAUUAUUCAUCAGUGUCUGAACAAGAUGCCCGCCGGCCCUGUCCGCGAGAACAUGGAGGCUCUUAUUCACCACUUCCUUCUCUUCACCAAGGGUUACUCUGUUCCCCCCGGUGAGACCUAUUCCGCCAUUGAGGCCCCCAAGGGUGAAAUGGGUGUGUUCCUGGUCAGUGACGGCAGCGAGCGUCCUUACCGUUGCAAGAUCCGUGCUCCUGGUUUCGCCCACUUGGGUGGCUUCGACCAGGUUUCUCGUGGUCACCUUCUCGCUGACGCAGUUGCUAUUAUUGGUACCAUGGAUCUGGUGUUCGGUGAGGUCGACCGGUAA